AUGCUUAAGAUUUCGAUCUCAUUAACGAUUUUCCACCUGCUCUGGCCAGUGUCCUUCGGUGGGGCUUAUAGCCUUCCUCCGGUGGUUCAGAUGGGUGGCGCCAUCGUGGCAGCCGUGGAGCAGGACGCAGAACAUGAAGCUGCCACCGCGGAGCAGUUGCGUCUGGAACGAGAGUGGAUUGCGGUGGCCGAAAAUCAAUUACAGAGACUUAUUACCGAGGAGCUGAGUGUCGAGCAAGUGAAAAACCUCCUGGAUGCCUGGAAACCCGAAGGUCGCGGUAAGCACAAGAAGCAAAAGAAACUCAUGAAAAUGGUGUAUCCCAUGCUGGUGGCCGCCGCUCUGGCCAAAUUGGUUAUCCUUCCCUUGGUUCUCAAAUGGCUGACGGCUCUGUCAACCUCAUCGUUUGUCAUGGGCAAAAUUGCUUUGGUCACUUCGGGACUAUUGGCCCUGAGAUAUAUAUUGUCGAAUGGAAAUGCCCGCGAUCGGCUGGAGAUUAUUCACUCGUCGGUGCCAGCGAUCAAGGGCUAUCAUGCGCCCACAGAUCUCUCUGGCAGCGGGAGCACUUGGAUGCCUAUGCGACAGACCUAUAUCCCCUUGGGAUUAGCCAAGGAUCAUAAUUAUGAUAAUGUGUAUAAGCCAUUUUUAUAG